CGAUACGAUAAAGGAAGCUGCCAAACUGAAACUUCAAACCACGGAAACAACACCGAGGGGUGACCUUAUCGUGGUUCCGGAUACGUUAUCAUCAACACGGCAUCCAAUAAGCGGAAACGCUAUUGAGUGGAGGCGGUGGACACGUGCAGCAUUCGCAGGCGGUGGAACCAAGGUUAAUACGAACGCCGGGGGUCUCCUCGCCCUUGAAGCCCUAGCACGUUGCUCCCACAGCGCGUCAACCGCAGCUGCUGAAGCGCACGCAAGACAUGGAAUCUACCGCGUUGUAGUCGUCGCUCGCCUGCUAGAAUACUACAUACAGCGCGGACCAAAAACUGGACUAAUAACCUAAAAGAGAGAGAGAGAGAGAGAGACAAAGACGGGCGAGGAGGCGCAAGGCGAGUGCAUUGGCCAUCGGCCACUUUGCUGGAAGGUACGAUUUCCGAAGCAGUAACGGAUACGAAGGCCACACUGAAUACGAUUCAUGUGUGCCACUUCCUCAUCACAGCGUUGGCGGUAUGACUUGCUAGCGUGACAGCGUUGGCAGCGGGACUUGAAAAGGAUGCAAUUUUCUCUACGUCAAUACGCUCUCCAGACGCACGAUACGCCAGAAGGGUUCCCGAGCGCAUUGUUCUGGUCACGUUUCCUCGGAUGAAAGAUAAUGCUCUGUAGCGGCUCCUUGUGAAGGCCCAGUGUACGCUGCAUAUUAUCGGCAGCAACUUCGGUCAAUCGUAAUAUCAGGCGAAGAUGGCGUCUUUUAAUGAAACGGAGAACUACACGGUGCACGCGGCGAAUUGGACGAACAGCACAACAGCUGGUGAAAUACCUCUCCUGAAGAAAGUUCACGACGGUCUAGUGCUGGGAAUUCUCGUCAGCAUCAUGUUUUCCAUGGGAUGUCAUAUCAAGGUCAUGGAGCUCUGGCACCACCUGAAACGACCCAUGAGCAUCCUAGUGGGCAUGCUGAGCCAAUUCAUCCUCCUGCCUCUCAUCUCCUUUGCGCUGCUCAGCGUUUUGAAGCUGGACGGCCUGUACGCCGUGGGUAUGCUCAUCCUCUCCUGUUCUCCAGGCGGAGCAACGUCUAAUAUCUUUGCCUACUUUUGCGACGGGGACGUUCCACUGAGUAUCGUGAUGACGGUAUCCUCGACCAUCCUGGCUAUGGCAAUGAUGCCACUCAACAUUCUGUUCUAUGGGCAGUUCAUCGAUACAGGUAGUGUCGUCGUUCCGUACGUGAAGAUCGCCACGAGUCUAUUUAUCGUCAGCAUUCCUGCCUGCUUCGGAAUGCUGUUCAACUGGAAGUUCCCCAGGCCUGCACCCUACAUCACCAAGGCGGGGAGCAUCUUGGGCUUCCUAUUGAUUGUGACAGCCCAAACUAUGGAGGUGUUCAUCUUCCCGGACAUCUUCAGGUCCGCACCGCGGUCCCUGUAUCUGGCCGUCGCACUUCUCCCAGCAGCGGGCAUGCUAGUGGGCUACGCCUUCAGUUGGGUUCUAGGCAGGCCAGACCCAGUACGACGCACCAUCGCCAUAGAGUCUGGUGUGCAAAAUAUUGGCACAGCCAUUACUGUCAUAGCACUUUCCUUCACCUUCGAGCUUCAAAAGGCUGCGCUCACGUUCCCGUUAUUAUAUGGCAUCAGCAUGGUGAUCUUUUGCUUCGUUGUCAGCAGUAUCUACAACAUAGUUAAAAGAUUAUGCUCCAAGUGCAAGGAUGAGGCAGUGUUUGCUGACACUCCUACCAUAGAUCAAUCUUCAAGUGAUCUCAAAGAAAUAUUCAAGAAGAAUACAUCUCAUGCGGAUGAAGAGAAGGGCACUGGAAAAUACAAUCCUUCAUUUGGAAAUGUGGAACUUGAGGCAGACAACCAGGGAUGUCAAAAUGGGAAGGCUCAAGCAUGCUAGUAUUACACUUCGUUCUUCUACCCAAAGCCAUUCUCUCUCUGCAACAAAUGCCCGAGAAGAGCACAGUGGACUUCUGAUGCCAACGAAGUUGGUUUUUGAGUUGCACAAAUCGAAUGCCAGUGUACAAGAUGUGUUACUUUUCAUCUUUGUACUCUGUGGAAAGCGAUGUUCCAGUGAACACUGAACAGUUUUUCUUUUUUUUUUUUUGUCAGAGCUUGUGUUGUGUAAGUUUUUAGUGUUGCGCUGGAAUCGUCACUCUGCAGGACACCUGCAGCAAGGCCACGAAAGGGGCAAAUGUAUGUCUUAUUAACGAAGGAAUUUCAAUGAAAACAAAAGUAACCGAUAAUCUAAGUGCAGGAUAUGUAUUUUACAUGAUAAUUCAUAUGGUAUAUUUUUGUAUAAAGGUCACUUGGUGUCUGUU